AUGGUGGAGGCCGCCGCCGGGCGCCGGCCAGGCACCAGCCUUCGGCGGCCUAGCGGCAGCGGAGGGGAGCACCAGCGCCUGGUCGCGCUCGCCGUCGCCGCGCCCGUCGCCAUGGUCACCACCCGGUCCGCGGGGCCAGCGGUGGCGGGAGGAGAUGGAACGGGAGCUGCUGGAACGGGCGCCGGCGCCGCUGGCGGCAGCGGACGAUGCAUGGAGGACUUCUUCGACUGCCUCUUCAGCCUGCUCGGCGCGUUAGGCAUGACAUGGGCUGCGGCGCAGCCCCAGCGGCAGCCGCGCCCGCCGCUUCCUCGCGGGGUUGGGGCGGGGCCCGCGCCAACCGACGCCCGGCGUUUCGCGGCGGAGCUCAGGGCCACCCCCGGCCGGAUCGCCGGCAAUGGCGCCUGCGCCGUCGCGUCACUGUACACGCUGCAGGGCAAGAAGGGCGUCAACCAGGAUGCUAUGAUCUUCUGGGAGAACUUCUGUUCGAGAGAUGAUACCAUCUUUUGUGGUGUGUUUGAUGGUCAUGGACCUUAUGGCCAUUUGGUUGCCAAGAGAGUACGAGAUCUCCUGCCUCUAAAGUUAGGAGCAGAUUUGGGGAUGGAAGAUGGUAGAGUAACAUCCACUGGCAACAUUAAGCUCAACACACAUGAUGUAACUUCACCAGAACACAUAGAGAGAGGAGGUACUGCCGUUUCCUCUGAAGCUCAGCAGAAUGGAGAGUAUCCAGAGAUCUUCCCAGCAUUGAGAACUUCAUUCUUGAAGGCAUUCCAUGUAAUGGAUAGGGAUCUCAAAUUACAUAAAAAUAUUGACUGUUUUCUCAGUGGGACUACAGCGGUGGCAGUGAUCAAGCAGGGACGCAAUCUUAUAAUUGGCAAUCUGGGGGAUUCAAGAGCUGUCUUAGGCACCAGAGAUGAAAAUAACCAGCUUGUUGCUGUUCAAUUGACAGUUGAUCUCAAACCUAACAUUCCAAGUGAAGCACAGAGAAUCAGGCAACGCAGGGGCAGAAUAUUUGCACUUCCUGAGGAGCCGGAGGUUGCUCGUGUUUGGCUUCCAAAGUAUAACUCGCCUGGAUUGGCCAUGGCUAGGGCAUUUGGGGACUUCUGUCUGAAGGAUCAUGGUGUAAUUUCUAUGCCUGAUGUUUCCUAUCACCACAUUACAGAAAAAGAUGAAUUUGUUGUGCUGGCUACUGAUGGGGUUUGGGACGUGCUAUCAAAUGAUGAAGUUGUUAGUACUGUCAGCCGAGCCUCAUCUCGGGCCUCUGCAGCACGAUUUCUAGUCGAAUCAGCUCACCGUGCUUGGCGAACUCGGUUCCCCACUUCUAAAAUCGAUGACUGUGCUGUUGUCUGCCUAUUCCUGAACACAAAUGAAGCAAGCGAAUCUUCAAGUUCCUUGGCCAACAAUUUGGCAGAUGCUGUAGAAGUUAGCAGUGCUCAGUGCUCCACAGCUAUCCAGGUGAGCACUGGUGCAUCUAUAGAUGUUACCGCCCUGGUAACAGAUGGAAACGAGGUGUCUGUUGUUGAAACCGUCACAAAGCCGGUCACACUCAUGGAUUUGCCCAAGCAUGGUUGA